AUGGAGGACGAACAACGGUCUGUGAGCAUCUUUGGAAUUUACAGAAGAUCACCACCUUUAUUCAGUAAACUAUAUGCAUUGGCGCGACCCGAAUAUGUGGCAUGGAAUCUACUCCAUCAACUCGUUAGUCAAUUGAGCCCUAAAAUUUUGAAGUCUGAAGGGGUCUCAGUUUAUCGAGCUUCUCAGUGUUGUGGAGAGUUUAAUGUUACUUUUCCAAGGGCAUAUCAUGCGGGAUUCAGUUGUGGUUUUAACUGUGUGGAGGCUGUCAAUGUGGCGCCUGUUGAUUGGCUGGAACAUGGACAAGAGAAAGGAUUAGGGCUUUAUGGGAAGCUUGAUUUUCGAAUAAAGAAACUUGCGAGAAUUUAUAUUGGAAACAUGUUUGUGGGAAGAAUGGGAUACUCACCAAUGCUGUCAAGGAAGUUGAAGUCGCUUUCAAGAACGGAUCUUUUUUACUUUGGAUGUUUUCUUAUGCUGGCUUCUAGAAUUAUUCUAUUACAACAAACAGGUUUAGUAAGGGAAUCUAGUCCUUAAGAAAAUGUUUCUGUUCUUAGGUUUGUUUGUGGUUCAUUCCUAAGACCUGCCAUUGAUUAGACUUACAUGGAUCAAAUGUAAAACUUCAACCAAGGGCGGCAUGGGAAUAACUCAGCAACAAGACAUGUUAUUGAUGAGAAAUUACAUAUAAAGUAGAUAAACUAAGGAACUUAUUCCUACAUGUUGUACUGGUAUAUAUUAAUUAACUUUUCUAAUGUUGUUCUUUUACAAUAUUGUUCUUUUAAAGGUGGUUGGAAUUGGACCUAAAGUUGGUUGCUGAUAUAGGAAUAGUGGGUGCUCCAAAUGUAAGAAAAAUCAUGUUUUUAAGUGUUAU